GUGAGAGAGGCGCAAGGAGCAGGAGGAGGGGCAAAGGGAAAGUGAGUGCAGGAGCAGGACAAGUCAGAGUGGUCUGAGGAGAGAAAGAAAAGAAGGAGGGAGAAGAAGAAAGUGCAGAGGUCAUGCUUUCAUCCAGAACAUGAGCCAGAACUAGGUAAGGCCUGGAGCAGCAGCUCCAUUACAGCUGAGCUUGAGGAAGAGUCGAGGCAUGGAGAGCUCAGAGACUGUGACACAGGAACCCAGAUCGAAGUCAGCUUUGUGGGAGGGCACACCGCAAUACAACUAUGUCUGCUUUGAGAAAUGCCCCCAUUACGGGAUACCCUUGGAGUCAGGACACGAGACCGGGGGGACAGGGGACAACCUGCACUACCAGGAGAACUCCCACAGCUACCCACAGCUCUAUGGCAAAUACACAGACCGGAUAACUGACUUGGCAGAGAAAGAAGAAGCAAAACUGUUGAAUAAGAAGAGGGCCCAAAAGAGCAAUGAAAGACACCCGAAGUGUGCAAGUCAAGCAGAGAUCAAAGACGAGCGCUAUUCCAAAUGUCGAGACUGUGCUAGACGCAUCCAGAAAUAUGUUACCAAGAAGCUUGGAGAGGACUGGAUUUUCUUGGUUCUGUUGGGUCUGGUCAUGGCGCUGGUGAGCUGGGUAGUGGAUUAUGUCAGUGCAAAGAGCAUACAAGCCUACAAAUGGAUGUACAGAGAGCUGCACCUGAACAUUCCUAUGCAGUACCUGGUGUGGGUUGCAUACCCACUUGUUCUUAUUCUGUUUGCGGCCACUUUCUGCCAGCUCGUCUCUCCACAGGCUGUUGGGUCUGGUAUCCCAGAGCUCAAGACCAUUAUGAGGGGAGUGGUCCUCAAGGAGUAUCUCACUCUCAAAGCUUUUGUGGCCAAAGUUGUGGCCCUCACAGCUGGGCUUGGAAGUGGCAUGCCUGUGGGGAAAGAGGGUCCUUUUGUGCAUAUUGCCAGUAUCUGUGCUGCAGUACUCAGCAAGUUUAUGUCAAUCUUCUGUGGUGUGUAUGAGCAGCCAUAUUAUUACACAGAUGUCCUGACCGUGGGCUGUGCUGUUGGGGUUGGCUGCUGCUUUGGGACACCACUUGGAGGGGUCCUUUUCAGCAUUGAGGUCACUUCCACUUACUUUGCUGUGCGCAAUUAUUGGAGAGGUUUCUUUGCAGCGACCUUUAGUGCCUUUGUUUUCCGAGUCCUUGCUGUUUGGAACAAGGAUGCAGAUACCAUCACAGCGCUGUUCAGAACAAACUUCCGCAUGGAUUUCCCCUUUGAUCUACAAGAACUCCCAGCAUUUGCUGUAAUUGGGAUAUGUUCUGGAUUCCUUGGAGCAUUUUUUGUUUAUCUCAAUCGCCAAGUGGUUCUAUUCAUCCGGCGCCACACCACUCUGAGCAAGUUUCUCACCAAAUACCGCCUUAUAUACCCAGCAGUUAUAACCUUCUGUAUAGCAUCUAUGACCUUUCCUUCAGGAUUUGGGCAAUUCAUGGCAGGAGAGUUGAUGCCACGGGAAGCCAUCAGUUCCCUCUUUGAUAACUAUACGUGGGCAAAGUUCACAGGGGACCCACAGAUCCUAGGAAAAUCUGCUGCCUGGAUCCAUCCCAAAGUCAGCGUCUUCAUCAUCAUCCUGCUUUUCUUCCUCGUGAAGUUCUUCGUGUCUGUCAUUGCUACCACGAUGCCAAUCCCCUGUGGAGGCUUCAUGCCUGUUUUUGUUAUAGGUGCUGCGUUUGGGCGUCUUAUUGGGGAAAUCAUGGCAUCACUUUUUCCCAGUGGGAUCCUCUUUGAUGGCAUUGUUUAUCAAAUCUUGCCUGGAGGAUAUGCUGUCAUUGGUGCAGCAGCUCUGACAGGAGCAGUGAGCCACACUGUCUCCACUGCUGUGAUCUGCUUCGAGCUGACAGGUCAGAUCUCACAUAUCCUCCCCAUGAUGGUGGCUGUCAUUCUUGCCAACAUGGUGGCCCAGAGUCUGCAGCCCAGCCUCUAUGAUAGCAUCAUCCAGGUGAAGAAGUUGCCCUACCUGCCAGACCUGGGCUGGAACCACAUAAGCAAAUACAAUAUCUUUGUUGAGGAUAUUAUGGUUCAAGAUGUGAAAUUCAUCUCCUCCAACUCUACAUACCGAGACUUGAAAACUCUACUCCAAAGCACCAGUGUUAAGACUUUGCCUUUGGUAGACACUCCAGAGACUAUGAUCCUUCUGGGGUCUGUAGAGCGAUCUGAACUACAGGCUCUCCUCCAGAGACAUCUAAGCCCAGAACGGCGCAGGCUCCUCAGCAGAGAGAUGCAGCAGAAGCUGUCUGAAGCACCCUACGAUGGGCACAGCAAGGGAUUGGGGGCAGCCCUGCCAAACCUGAAGCGUGAAUCUUUUGCUUAUGUUGAUGAGGAUGAGGAUACAGAUGAGAAGGGAGAGCUGCCUCAUCCCCCAAGUCCCACUCCCAGUUACCCAGAAGAGUGCAACGGCCCAACAAGUCCUAUUAAACAAAUGCCUGAAACUCUGGAGCCACAACAAGCCCCAGGCAAUUUCAGGAGUUUGAGGAAACUGAUCCAGCAGCUCUUGUGCCAUUACAGCCGUCCGCUUGAAACAGAGAAUGCCACCCAGGAGCCAGCAGAAGUCGACACAAUGAGGCCAGAAGAGAUAGAUGCUUGGGAGCAGGAAGAGCUGAAUAAGAACGUGUGCUUUGAUAGCUGCCGCAUAGACCCUUGCCCUUUCCAACUGGUUGAAAGAACUUCCUUGCACCAGACACAUACAUUGUUCUCAUUACUGGGCCUCAGUCUUGCCUAUGUAACCAGUAUGGGGAAGCUGAGAGGAGUGCUGGCGUUGGAAGAGCUUCAAAAGGCAAUAGAGGGCUCCACACGCUCUGGGGUUCGCCUCCGCCCGCCCCUUGCCAGUUUCCGUGAUACCAACCGGACCUCGGUUGGCGGUGAGAAGGUCAGGAGGGCCACUCAGGUAUGGAGCCAACAGGACAGCUGCGUGCCAGCAGAACAGCAAACAGCAGACUUAGGCACAGACAGCCCGCUGCCUCCUUGCUCACACUCACCCGAGCCCUCACAGUUGAAUGAAGAGGGGGAAGUCCCGUGCUCCACUUCUGCCACGGAUACUGAGUUGGAAGAGAUGGAGCUGGCGGGCCCGGUUGCUGAUAAUAUCUCAGACAUCCUCAAGGACAUAAGCCUACGCUCCACUGACCUGGAUGAGGAUGAAGAUGAGGAUGAGGAUGUUCCUCUAUAGUUGAUGUAGUCUACCACAGUCUUCAGUUGAGCCUGUCUUCUUGCGUUUGCUCCUCAAAGAGAAGCUUUUUGGAUGUUCUUUGCAAUACCCACAGAGGAUUGAUUCAGCUGGGAGAAGGGGCAUGGGACUGACCCUUUCUUCUGCUACUUUCUGCACGAAGGCUGUUGGGCUAUACGGGUGUGUACAGGAGUCAGAUGUGGACUGCAAGGUCGCUAGGGACUCAUCAAGUUUAGGUUUCUGUCAUGUCUACAUAACAUGGCAGAAGGGAUUGUAAAAGGAUGUGAAUACUGCUGGACACAGUCAGGAUGCUGCAUCAAUCUGCCACGUGGAAAGUGGAGGAGGAGCAGUUGUUCUCGUUCUUUAUUGGUUUUACCCUUCCGGUCAUACCUGGCCUGCAUGCACCAGUGUAAACACAGCCAGAUCUCCAGCCUAGAAGCAUAUUGCUGCUUCUGACUGCAAUCCUGUCCAUGUUGCUGCAGCUCCUUUUCAUUACUUCUUAUCUUGCAUCCCUCCCAAACAUUCCCAUGUAGAACAUUUUUCCUCUUUCUCAAUUUUUACUCUGGGAUUUUCCUGGAUAGGGGUGCAGUUAGGAGCUUCUCCUCUGUGCUUUAGCUGAGCUGUGCCCUAAAAACAGAUAGGAGGAAAACAUUUUUUGUAUGUCUCAUGUUUUUAAUUCAGCUAGAGCUCUAAGUAAAGGACUGGAAGGGAGGAAAGCCUCUUUUAUUUCCCAUCAGUUGAAUAAUAAUGAGAAAAUGAAAUAGAAUGGGAAAAUCUUAAGGGGGGCAUCCUCACCAUUGGAGGAAGGUAGUAAAACAGCGUGGAUUCACCUAUAUUUCAAAUUCCCGUGUGUGUCUCUCUGAAUCACUGUUCACAAUUUUUACAAAGUCGCAGUCUUAAAAUACAGGAAUUAAAAAAAUAAAUUAUGAAGUGUUAGCAGGCUGCCAAGAAAUACAGCAGAGGGAAGCCACGUUUUCUACACCCUGGAAAAAGGUUUCUCUGAAAACUCCUGCUCUCUUUCAUGGUGAUUCUACCCUGCCUACUUUCCACAUAUUUAUGCAUACCUCAGAUCUGAGAAUUCCAGCUCUCACUUUUGCCAGCUUGUCUCCGUUGUGACUAACAGCAGAGAUCUUAACCCUUGUCUGCAGCAUCCCUCUCUAUUUCAGUUCUAAAUCUGGAGAAGAUCUUGAACUUAUCUUGCAAAAAGAUGUCUUUUCAGUUUGUGUCAUGCAUGCAAAACCUCAGCAUCCAAAGAGAAGAUGCUGCUUUAUUUAACUCACUGUCCUUUUAAGGUUUUCUCAGUAAACAGUCAAAAUCAAA